AUGCUGGUGUUAUCGGCUCUGCCAGUGGCUCUGGCUGUUCUGGCUGUGUCUCGCUCGGCAGCCGCGGUCGGCCGGCGCUCGCCGCGCUCCGCGGACGACUCCAGUCUCGGCGUGCACCACUGCGCCAACCACCAGCCCCACACGCUCGACCGCUACCCAGUGGGCGGGCCGGCCGCCGGGUGCGGCACCGUGGUCCGGCGCGGCGUCACAGAGACAGAGCGGGACGAUAUCGUCUCGGCGCACAAUGUCAUCCGGCGCGCCGUGCGAGACGGCCACUACGCCGACCAGAACCUGCCGGCGGCCAGCGCGCUGCCCGAGCUGCGCUGGGACGCCGAGCUGGCGCUGGUCGCCCAGCGCUGGGCCGACCAGUGCCGCGGCGGACACGACCAGUGCCGCGACGUGGCCCGAUUCCCGGUCGGCCAGAACUUCGCCUUCGUGUGGAGCGGCGGCCGGCAGAACUGGACGGCCGAGGCGCUGCGCCAGUGGUUUGCCGACGAGUUGCCGCUGUUCCGGCAGGCCGACCUGGAGUUCCGCGGCGGCCAGGACCCCGUGUCGGGCGGCUACACGGGCCACCUGACCCAGCUGCUGUGGGCCCACACCCGGCGCGUCGGCUGCGGCUUCAUGGCCGUCGCCGACCCCGUCUUCUGCGAGCGGCGAACAUACGUCUGCAACUACGGACCGGCCGGCAACGUGCUCUUUGAGCCCGUCUACCCGACCGAGGCGUCCAGGGAUGGACCGACAGAGUGGGAGGAGGGAGAGGUUUGAACGGGCGGGCCGGUCUGCUGAGGACCGUCGAUGGGUACCGGUAUGCCGACUACACGUCUGAAACGUUACAGCUGAUCAGUACAUACAGGCCGAUGUAGAACAUAUGCUACAGCCAUACCACAGCAUUGUAACGUUGUUAGAAUAUGCAUCAUGCAUGUCAUUCGCCAUUCCAUUUGUAGUCCCAGAAUGAAACAGGCAUAGAAGUACCGAGUAGCGAAACGGUAAAAUGUAAUUAGCGCAGAAGCACAUAAUCUCUUAAGCGAACGCUAAGUAAGCACACUAGCUUAACAAGCUAAUGAUCAAAGUAAUAUGUUCAAAGACAUAAAUAUCAAAGAGCCUCAUUCAGUGUCCUGUUCUUAAUAGGUCCCCUUAGUCCAAUCACUAAAUAGCCCUAUGUAGUUUCUUACUCCUAAUAAUCCUUCUGUCGGCAGUGUAGGUAUUUGUUCAGCACAGCCGGAUCCUUCGGCUACCGACCUGACCCACGCCAUGGGGUGGGCGUGUGCUCAGCCCCGCCAACGUAACAAGCUUUAUUAAGUUCUCCAAACACACGGCGUGGACUUAGCCAAGGUUAGCGUCUUUAUGUCAAAAGGAAUAUGCACCAUUAAUUCUGUUGAAUUAAUGGUGGAAACCAUGAAAGGAAACGACCAAUAUGUAACCGGACCUCGUUUGAAGCACUCGUGCUUUCUGAGGUAACGACUUUCCUUCCAUGGCCGACUUUGUUCCGUCAACACUAACAGUAUUCCAGAGUUACGCGCGGGC